AUGGCGGAUGAAGAUAGCAAGGAGAAACGACGCCUCCAGAACAGGGAAUCCCAACGACGUUUCAGGCAACGGCGACAAUUUUAUCAGGGCUCGUCAAACGCGCGGCUGAAUGAGGAGCAAGGCGCAACCGGGUCCACCUGGCCGCCGUCGAUGCCAUCGGCUGCUUUUUACCCCACAAGCGUUCCCUUUCAGAACGAACGUCGCUCCAGCAUUUCAACGUCGCAGAAUGAGUCUUCGGCCAUCUCUCCGAUACAUGCAUCGCAGACCACUCCACGUGCAACACAGAAUUGGGGGUCCCAGCGGAAUCUGGGAGCUGUUGGCUCUGUAGCCAGCCCAGCACAAUCAGCCCCCCAGCAAUUCCAAUCCCAGCAGACGACCAUGGCAGCUUCGCAAGCACCCGUGAUUCGUGAUCUUCCGAUUGUGAAUGGUCCGGCUGACGGUGAGGCCCACUCGCUACCAUUGACCGACUUGGAGGAGCAAAGGCACACAUCAGUCUCUAUGGCCCAACCUUUGCUUCCGAGCUUUGGCUCCCCCAGCCUCGGAAGAACAGAGGAUAACUCUACUUGCCUGAGCAAUGAGUAUUCAGGUUCCGGUGAAUUGAGCAAGCCCACGCGAUAUCGGCAGAGACGGCUUAGGAUUGGGGGUUUCUCAAGAGCUGAAGAAAUGGUAUUAGACGUAGAGCGAUUGCAUAACUCUGCAGUAGACCUGGGCAUCCUCGAGGAGGACGAUAGAAUGCUCACCUUGCUUCGAGAAAUGAGGAUGCGCCUUGGGCACUUUACGAGGCGGCUCUCGUUGGACGACGAGGACGACCUGAUGGCACAAGAAUUCGACAUAGAUCUCAGCUGA